AUGCCUGAAGAUGCCGAAAAAUUAAAAUCUAAGGCCAAAAAAAGAUCCAUAGGAGAAAACGACGACAAUUCAUCCAAUGCGGAACCUCCAAGGAAAAGAUCCAAGGCAAUACGGCUACCGACAGAAGAUGAAGACGCGAAGUAUGUCGAAACGAAGCGUGCGCUGAAAAAAUAUUCAGCUGGCAAAACAUCGGAAAUGUUACGUGUGAUAAAAUUCGCUUUCAAAGCACCUCCUUUCAAGUUGGAACUUCCUGUGUAUUUGCGAUACUCCUCAUAUCAGUUGUCAAGUUAUCGCGAUCGUUGCCAGCUACUCAAGGAUAAUUCAGAAUUGACAAGGAUCAAUGUGGAGCCGAACAUAAUAACACUGAACGCUCAUUUGAAUCUGCUGAAGAGAAUUCGCAAUGAUCCCGAGCUGAAGACGUAUUAUGAGUACCAGGAAACUGAAAACAAGGACCUCGGGCGGUGCAUGCGCUUCAUAGCCCAGCGGAUAGUAAUGGCCAGGACUAAUAAUAAUUCGAUGAAGCAUUUGCUGGCAGAACAGGGCACAUCGACGGAAAUCACCCCCGAAAGUCUAAAGAGUAUUUCCCAGCUUACGAGCCGCCGAAAAACAGGAUACGGAUAAAAUCUAACCUCACAUUCAACGAGAAUGACGUCAUUCCAGUGUAUUCGGAUCUUGAAGGCGAGACUUUAGAGUCUCUGGAGAUUCCGGUAACCCUUACCUACGACUACACUGACGUGAACAUGGUUCACAUGGCAUCAGUUCACAGAGCCCAAUUUAACGAAAGCGAUCAUAAUGUCUGAGGAAAACGGAGAAAAUAUAAUCCGGUGUACCUGUUGCUCUUCAAAGCCGAUUGUCCCUUGCUACGAGAACGAAGAAUUCCCGUGCUUCAUUAUGAAUCAGCGCAUGCAAAGAUUUCAAAUAGCACGGGAGGAUUGCGGAAAAACUGAAUUCAUAUCCUUCAAACCCAUCUACUUCUACAACCGGAAGGAUCAUUACUACGAUCACGCCGGGUUCGCGUGCUCCGAGCUUUGCGGAUGCGGUGGAAAAAUGCACCAACAAUUCAAUGUUAUUGCCGCACAAGAAGCUCUUCCCGCUCGAAAUAUACCGAAAUGAUCCGGUCGUCGGAUUCGUUGUCCGCUCAACAGUUAUGAUUCCGGCUGGCACGCCACUCAUGGAGUUUACGGGCGAGAUUGUCGAGCUGGAGAAUAUGGAGCCCGAUAAUAGAGACUACGUGUAUCAAAUCACGUAUAGCGACGAUGUAAAGUUCCGGAGGCUUCUCCAGGAGGUGAAAUUCAGCAAGGAAUACACGAAGCUUCUCGAAAAACUGUCUAGAAAGAGGUUCUUCAUCGAUCCGAAAAUCCACGGAAUGUUGCGCGAACUGUCGGACACGCUUGUGCUCCAAACAUGGAAGUUGUCCGAGUGUUCCAGAAAAGUCUGUCCCCGGCUCAUUUGCAUCUGGUACUUGUCACACUGGAAGAUGUAUUCCCUGUCCUGAAAGAUCGUUGUCGAUGUGGAACUUUUGCGUGCCGACGAGGCGAACACGUUAAAACAUAUAAAAAUUUUGAAACGGCCCAGCUUGCUCACUGCCUGAAAAAGAUCCACGACACUCGGUACGAUAAAUGGAACAAGGAUAAAAAGAAGAUCGCGAUUUGGCCAAGAAAAAAUGAAAAAAGUGCAUUUUAA